AUGUCCGCAGCUCAGAAAGUACAGCAGCACCCUCUCUUCGUCCAGGCCCAGAACAAGGCCGCCUACUACAACGCCCAGCUCGACAAGGAGCUCACCAAGUAUCCUGUCCUCAUCAAUCUCGAGCAACGCACCCAGGUGCCCAAGACCUACGCUGUCCUCGGCGGUCUCGUCUUUAUCGUCUUCCUCCACAGCUUCAAUGCUCUCGCUGCACCCAUCUCCAAUCUCGUAGGCUGGGGUCUCCCUGCUUACCUCUCAUUCAAGGCUAUCGAGUCGCCCUCGCCCCACGAUGACGUCCAGUGGCUCACCUACUGGGUCGUCUUUGGCUUCUUCAACUUCCUCGAGUCCUUUGCCCUCCGCCUCGUCCUCUACUACGUUCCCUGGUAUUUCGCGUUCAAGUCCCUCUUCAUUGUGUGGCUCCAGCUCCCUGCUUUCCGCGGUGCGCAAACGGCGUACUUCACCAUUAUCAAGCCCGUGCUCGCCAACGUAAGCUCUCAGAGUCGCGUCGCCGCUCCUGCGACGACCAACCCCGAGUCCUCCCACUCGGAGUAA